AAUAUACAUCGCAGGAGGGUUUAUGUUUAAAAUUGAGGAUAGCAGGUCCUUUUUAAGCAAAAAUCUUAAAAAUGACGUUCCGAAUGCUGUUGUAACAAGAAGACCUCCAUGAAAAUCGGAUAUCUGUGUUCAUGUGUAAAGAAAUAUGUCACAUAUUCGUUUCGCAAUGAGAGAAGGAAGACAAAGGCGCCGGCUGAGCUCUUGGUGGUUUGCUGGGAUUUUUCUGCUGUGCUCUGUGAAUAUGAUUUUGGGACAGCUGAAGUACUCCGUUUCUGAGCAUGUCGGCGUCGGAUCCGCGGUUGGGAAUGUUGGCAAGGAUUUGGGAUUGGACCUCAGCACUUUGACAAGCAGACGACUUCGCAUUGUUUCGAACUCAAAUCACUCCCUGUUUGAAUUAAAUCGGAAUAACGGAGUGUUGCACGUURCGCAAAAUAUGGAUCGGGAAGAACUCUGUGAUGGAACAAAGGUUUGUGUGAUAAACCUUAAAAUUGUUGUUGAAARCCCUCUGGAAAUACAUUAUGUUAGUGUAGAAAUAACUGAUAUCAAUGACCAUUCACCGUCUUUUCCUGAAACCGAGCAGAGGCUGGAAAUAGCAGAGAACACUCCCCCGGGCACUCGUUUUCAGAUUCAUGCAGCUAGAGAUCCUGAUUUUGGCAUACAGUCUGUUCGAUURUAUAGAUUAAGUCAAAACGAUUAUUUYGAUAUUCAAGUUAAAGAAAGCGAGGAAGACAAAAUACCAUUUUUAGUGCUUAAAAAGCCUUUAGACCGAGAAGGMAAAUCAGAGCAUCAUUUAGUGUUAACGGCUCUGGAUGGGGGCACACCAUCACGAUCUGGAAACCUUAAUUUAACUAUAACUGUAUURGAUGYAAAUGAUAAUCGYCCUGUKUUCAGCAAAGAUAUUUAUACUGUCUCUUUAAAUGAAAACGCUCCKCUAGGAACUAUCGUAAYCAAAGUAAAUGCAACAGAUUCAGAYGAAGGCCUGARUGGUGAARUUGARUACACYUUUGGAAAAACACAAAAGAAAAARGUGUAUGAUAUAUUUGAGUUAGAUAGUAUCACUGGUGAAAUUAGAGUUAAAGGAAAMGUUGACUUUGAGGAAACAGAGAUAUACAGAUUAGAUUURCAAGCUUCAGAUAAAGGCCAACCACCSUGGACAGGUGAAAGUAGAGUUGUAAUAAAAUUAAAAGAUUURAAYGAYAAUMAACCCGAAAUUGAAAUAACAUCAUURUCCAGSCAAAUACCAGAGGAUUCAAAACCUGGCACCGUUGUCUCGCUUAUCAGUGUCACAGACAGAGAUUCAGGCAUGAAUGGRAAAGUUAUUUGUAAAAUAUCGGAUAAUGUUCCAUUUGAUUUGACACCAUCUAUUGAAGAGAACRUGUACUCUCUGSUUACAAAGGGGCGUUUAGAUCGAGAGACUGAAUCUCAUUAUGACAUCACCAUAACUGCUACUGACUGUGGGGAACCCAGACUUUCAGCAGCAAAGACUUUGCAAAUUCAUGUAUCAGAUAUUAAUGAC